UCUGAACCGGUGCAAUAAGUUGAAGUGAAACAAACGUAUAUUUGUUUCACUUCAACUUAUUGCACUGUGUGUACUAGUUCAGAAAGUGUAGUAAUAAAAAACAGACCUCAUGAAUGUCCUAACCUCAAACAGUCGUCAAUUUUAACUCUUAGUAUCUCGGUUCACGGAGUAGAAUGAUACUCUUUUUUUCUGCCAGAUUCUUUCAUUUCACAAAAACGCGUCGAAUGAAUCCAAAUUCAUCAAAAUUGAAGUAGAGGGGGGUGUUCUAAACAUUUAUUGAGCAUAUUAUGUCUAUACCUACAUAUAUGAGUAAACGAACGGAGCGAAUUACGCGUUCUAGUACGAACGUUAUGUACAUAUGUAAUUCCGGUAGAUCGGAGGAGAAGUGAUCUCUCUUCUCGUUGAUCCUUUGUCAUAAUGCUAAAGCUGAACAAAUUUGUGGCUAAGGUUAUUCGUGGCUUUGUACAAUGUGCAUGUGUGACGUACUGCGUGUACGAGUAUGUAGGCGAUAUUGUCGUGUGCAGUGGUCCAUCCAUGGAACCUACUUUGUACACUAAUGACGUCUUACUUUUGGAAAGAAUAUCAGUUAGAUUACAAAGGCUUGAGAAGGGAGACAUUGUCAUUUCCAAAUGUCCCAACAAUCCAGAGCAGAAUAUAUGCAAGCGAAUCAUAGGUCUGCCUGGCGACAAAAUAAGAAAUGGCUUCAGCAUAACUACGAUACCUUACGGACACGUUUGGCUGGAAGGUGACAACAGAAAUAAUUCUACAGAUUCACGAAUAUACGGACCAGUACCUCAUGGAUUGUUACGUGGGCGAGCUUUAUGCAAAAUACUUCCUUUGAGAGAUAUAACUAUGUUUACAACAAAAUAUGCAACUUAAAUUAUUUUUUAUAUAUAAUAGAUAUUUGUAUUAAUCGAGG